CAAGCUCCGCAGACGCUGUGAGCAUGGAGCAAUGGUGUUAGGCAAAUCGAGAGGCUCCAACUAUUCGGCAACAAGGUGGCAAGCUUGAGCGCAAAGCGAGUCUGCAGUUAUCUGGGAAUAUGAGCAAAGAAGCCGGGCAUUGCAGACCCGCAUCGCUGAAGUUCACCAUCGAUAGCAUUCUCAAUCUCAAACGCAACGAGAAGGAUGCGCAACGUGAAGAGGCAAGGGAGGAAUCACUGGGUAGGAAAGAUUCGUGGCGGGGGGACAUCAGAUUCCACUCUCAGCAGCCAGAGUCAAAUAACAGGAUACAGAUUACAGAAUCAAGUGGCGAGAGCUACGGGAAACCCCCUCGUGCUUUACCGGUGGAAAGAGAAGACACUCUGGAGGUGACCGACACAUGUCCCACGGCAGAGAGCACGGGCAGUGAGGAUAACUCCGACCCGCAAAAAUGCAGCAAGAAGUCUAAAGCGCUGGCGAAGAAGAAAACGCGCACCAUCUUCUCAAAGCGACAGAUCUUCCAGUUGGAAUCUACCUUUGACAUGAAGAGGUAUCUCAGUAGCGCCGAACGGGCUUGUCUAGCCAGCUCCUUACAACUGACUGAGACACAGGUUAAGAUUUGGUUUCAAAACCGGAGGAAUAAGCUCAAACGACAGCUAUCGACGGACUUCGACGGAGCGGGCUCAGCGGACCUCUUCACGGACUCUGGGAAGUCAGUGCAGUUACCAGCGCUGUACAAAGAGAACCACAUCAGUAACAUACUUGGUGGAUGUGUAUUGCCCGUUCCGCUUCCUCUCAUGUACUCCGGGAGUAGCUCGCCUUACUUGUAUUUCUCAAACGCCAGCAAAUACAUUGGCCUGUUUGAUGGAGACGUAUAAUAAAAAAUCGAAACUUCGAAAGUGUUUAAGAACAAUUAAAAAAAAAAAAAAAAAAGACAAAAAAGACCAACGAUAGCGGGGCGACCCCUGGCAAGCUUUUCCUGUGGAGGACUUAGGCUGUGGUAAAAAUGCAUUUUUUUUAUGUAAAGAUUUAUCUCUGAUUUUAAUUUUGCAAUUAACAACGCAUUACCCUCCUUUAAAAACACCAGACAUUAGUUGACCUUUAAUGAUAAUCUCAUUGUCUUUAGCUUAUUUUAAAUAUAUAAUUUUGUCAAGUUUCUGAAGGCAUUAAGCAGGUCUGGUUGGGAAGACUUAAAAUAUCACAACAACUGUAUUAUUAUUAUUAUUAUUAUUAUUAUUAUUAUUAUUAUUAUUAUUAUUAUUAUUAUUAUUAUAUUCUAACAGUUAUGUUAACAUGGAGGUCAAACAACCAAAGUUUAAUGCAAGCAUUUAAGCACUGAUGAAAUAAAUCUGUGUGGAUAAUAUGUCAGUGAAUAUAUAUAAAUAUCUUUUUUAUCUGAUGCAUGUUUUCUAUUAAUGAUCUCAUCAUUUCACUCUUUUUCCUACAUCCUUAGAUCACCUGUAUGGAAGCCAGGGAGUAGUGUUAGCUAGAUUAUCAGUUAGUCCUCCAGUUAUUCGUCUUGCCCAUAGUCAUUCUUUCUUUCUUUCUUUCUUUCUUUCUUUCUUUCUAUUCAGUUUUUCUUUCCCUCUUACUCCCUUUCUUUUAUUUUCAUUAUGCACUUUACCUGGCUCGUUUAUUUUUCAGAUCGUUUCCUUUUUCUGCAAAUGUGUUUUGUUUUACAAAACCAGACAUUGACAUUAUUGAAUUUAUUAUUAUGAGUUAUGAUAUCCUGAUGUUCAUACACAA